AAUACUACAUCACAUGUCUAUAAUAAUCUCUUGAGUAUUAUAAAUGCUUGUAAAUAGAGUUGAAUAUACAUUUCUAACGCAAAACACAACACGGCAUCAAACUCGCGCGAAGUAAGAGGGACCCUGCGAUAUGAACAAGUGGUUAACACCUCGAUGCGAGGUUCGUUUUGAGAGACAAGAGGCAGAUGAUAACAGUGGUUACUAUGGCAUUUUAACAUGGUUUAUUCAGCUUUAUUUGGACGUUUUUUUCGCACUUGGUUCAAGUUUGCUAUCACUCCAGUUGAUGUGGAGAGAAUUAUUUCCCAUUUCACAGCAAGAGCCGAGCAGCAUCAGAGCGGUGGCUUGCGGGCAGGAAUACGACUUACGAUCCUUUACUGUGAUUGAGUUAAAACAGUACGAUGGAGUUCAGCAAAACAGUAUUUAUUUCGCAGUCAACGGCAAAGUUUUUGAUGCUACAAACGCGAGCGGUAUUCAAUUUCUUGACGGUGCUAUUGAUUGCAUUGCGGGUAGGGACGCUAGCCGCGCAUUAGCGACUUACUCGCUAACCGAAAGUCAGAAAAGUGAAUCUCAAAUGGACGAUCUAUCGGAUAUGAACCCACUCCAACUGGACUGUCUCUUUCACUGGGAAAUGCAGUGUUUAGAGGUUUAUCCAUGUGUAGGAAAGCUCGUCAAAAGUCAUCAGCCACGUGCUCUUCAACAAGUGUGUAUCAGAACAAUUCGCGCUUCUUUGAGAAAAUCGAAUUCGUGUUCCAAACUAGACGAGCAAGCAGACGAACUACCACUUCCAAAAAUAUUACGAAACAAUAUAGUAAAUUAUGGAUAGGAUCUUAGAAAUUUGUAGCCGGCUGGCUGGCUUUUCAUAUUGUAAAUAUUCUUAUUGUACAUAUUUCAAACCGAUCGGAAAAAUAGAGAGUAAUUAAAUUAUUUAUAGUGCCUAACAUUUGUAAAAAAGACAGCAGAUGCGAAGCAUUAAUAUUAUAGAGAAUUAAUCUGUGAAUUGCUCUUGAUUCCUUUCAAAAUCGGAAGGCCACCCAGAUGAAAUUGUAUUUUUAUAAUUUAUGUUAUGUCAUGGUUUGCAGUCAAUACAAGGUAAUCUUGUUCAAGUGCUCGAAGUAGUAGUAGCGGCUUUCAAUUUCAUUGUUUAUACUGAAUAAUAGUGGCAACUAUCCAAAACUUAGUGAAUUUGAAUUGAAACAACACAAAUGACGCGAGCUAGAUGUUACAAUACUAGAAGCGCUAGUUUUGAAGCGCUGUGUGACAGGUUAUCAUAGGCUUGCAACGAGAGAACAGCUGUGGAGAUUUCGUGUAGUAUUUUUAGAUAUCAAAUUACAAUGAGAAUAAUAGCAGUAUUCAAUAACAUAAAGCGCGAUGAGUCUGUGAACAAAGGCAUUCCAUGUUUAAACAUGGCUGAAAAUAGCUGUUUCUAUUUUGAGUUGUUAAUUCGCCGUGGAAUAUUCUACGGUCUUGAAUGUACAAAGCAAAAACCAUCAAAACCAAUCCUGUAAAUAAGUACAUACUGUAAAAAUAAAUUAAUGUUUUCCAAUGUCAA